CCAACGCACACAGCUGACUUUCGCGAAUAGAAAUAUUCAUCCCAUUCGUUUAUACAUUGAUAGUGUUUCUUUGCUCUUCUUUUUUUUGCGAGUUUAAAUUGAAUCCGAAAUCGAAAUCGGAUCGCAUGUUUUCAUCAUCAACAACAACAUUAAUAGCGAUCCUCCUUUUUUUCUGUGAUUUUUUUUCAAAUCUCGCUAAUUGCAGAAUUUUUUUCGUAAAACAAAUCAUCAAUAUUUGUAGGAAUGAUGAAUAAUCCGCAACAACAACAACAGCAACGAAAAUGUUUCGUUUCCAUACAGGGUAUGUCCUGUUCCAGUUGUGUGGAUAAAAUUGAAAGUAAAUUACGUAAAACAUCGGGAAUUAUUUCUUGUCAAAUUGGAUUGAUAACAGCACGUGCUGAAAUUGAUUUUGAACCAACAAUAAUAAGUAGUGAAAAAAUUAUCGAUAUAUUAGAUGAUAUGGGAUAUGAUGUAUCAUUAAUAUCUGUGAUCGAUUCAAAUCAACAAACCGAACUUUGUUUAGAUGUAAUGGGUAUUACAUCGGAAAAUGAAGUAAAAACUAUACAAAAAUCAAUCAAAGAAAUGAUCGGUGUUUCAAUGGUUACUGUUGAUCGUGUAACAGGUCGUACAACAAUUGUUUAUUAUCCAAAUGUAAUUGGUCCGAGAAAAAUUGCCGAUCAAAUUGUUCAGCUUGGUUUUACCGUUCAUACAAUCAAUUCAUUUGAUCCGGAAAAAUUUACUGAAACAUUGAAAAAAGAAGUAGCCAAAUGGCGACAAUCAUUUUUUAUUUCAUUAAUAUUUGGUAUACCAACUAUCAUUGCCAUGAUUUAUUUUAUGUAUAUUUUGCCAUGGAUCGAAGAAAGUCAUGAUACAGAAAAUUUUAUCGUUCAUCAACGUUGUUGUGUAAUACCUGGAUUAAGUCUUGAAAAUCUAAUUCUAUUUUGUCUUUCAACACCUGUACAGAUUUUUGGUGCCCGUUAUUUUUAUAUUCAGGCAUAUAAAUCAUUACGAAAUGGCCACCUUAGUAUGGAUGUAUUGAUUAUGUUAGCAACAACAAUCGCUUAUUUAUAUUCAGUCGGUGUUGUUGUUUAUUUUAUGAUCACUAAUCAACGACAAAGUCCGAUGACAUUUUUCGAUACACCACCAAUGUUACUUGUGUUCAUAUCAUUAGGAAGAUGGUUAGAACAUAUGAAUCGUCUUCAAACAACUGAAUAUAUUGUUAAUCUAAUGUCAUUACGGCCAGUAAAAGCAACAUUAUUGGAAUUAGAUCGAAAUGAACAAAAAUCGAAAACAAUUGGUGAUGAAUUGUUUACUGUUAAAAAUGAACGAAUAAUCGAUAUUGAUUUAGUGGAAAAAGGUGAUUAUCUUCGUGUUCGGCCAGGUGAACGUAUUCCAACCGAUGGUCGUAUGAUUAAUGGUGAAGCAUUACUUGAUGAAUCAUUUAUUAAUGGUGAAUCAAUGCCAGUGGCAAAAAAAUCCGGUUCAAUUUUGCUUGGCGGUUCAAUCGUAUCAAAUGGAACGGUUGUUAUGAUUGCAACAAAUGUUGGUGCCGAUUCACAACUAUGUCAAAUUGUCAAAAUGGUUGAAAAUGCACAGACAACAAAAGCACCGAUUCAACAAUUAGCCGAUCGAAUUUCAUCAUAUUUCAUACCGUUUGUUAUAAUAACAUCAUUGAUUGUAUUCAUAAUUUGGCUUUUGAUUGGACCAAAAUUAUUUCAACUAAUUUAUUCAUUGAAUCCGGAUUUUUAUUCACAAAUGACUGCUAACGAAGUUAUCAUACAAUUUGCAUUUCAAAUCGGUUUAAGUGUUUUAAUCAUAUCCUGUCCAUGUGCACUUGGUAUUGCAACACCAAGUGCAGUAAUUAUCGGUACUGGAAUCGGUGCUAUAAAUGGUAUUCAUAUUAAAGGAGCUGAACCAUUGGAAAGAGCACAACAACUUGAUACAAUUAUAUUCGAUAAAACUGGAACAUUGACUUAUGGAAAACCAUCGGUGACAAAUCUAAAAUUAACAUAUCGAUUUCCUAAAGAAUCAUUUGAUUCAUUUGUAAGAAAAUUAAUCAUUAUGAUUGGUAUGGCUGAAUCGAAUAGUGAUCAUCCGAUUGCUGUAUCGGUUGCAAAUUUUGCACGUUCAGUUCUUCGAAUGGAUGCCGAUCAAAGUUUUGGACAGCUAAAUAAUAAAUUCAAAUUAGAAGCUGGUCUUGGUAUUCGUUGUCAAUUUGAACGUAAUCAUUUAAAAUCAUUCGAAACAUCAUUAAUCAAUUCGAUAAAUACUGAUGAUAUUUCUAGUCCUAAAUGGUUGGCUGAAAAUUUUAUAUCCUAUGCAUCAUAUAUUAAUCCAGGUAAUAAAACAAAUCAAAAAUUUUUAUUGGAUGAAAAUUUUUUCGACAAUUCACAAUCAUAUAAAAUUAUUAUCGGUAAUAUUCGUUGGAUGAAAAAGAAUAAUAUUCAUAUGGAAGAAGAAUUUCAAAAUGAAAAUGAUAAACUUGAAAGUCAAGGUGAAACAGUUUUUAAUGUUGCAAUUAAUGGUAAAAUUCUUUGCCUAAUAUCAGUAGCAGAUACUGUUAAACCGGAAGCUUUAUUAGCAAUUUAUACAUUAAAAAAUCGAUUCGGAUUAGAUGUUAUGUUAUUGACUGGUGAUAAUGUUCGUUCAGCAUUAGCUAUUGGACGUAAAGUUGGUAUCAAUCAUAUUUAUGCUGAAUUAUUGCCACAACAUAAAAUGGAUAAGAUUAAACAUUUACAAUCGAAUGGUAUAAAAGUUGCAAUGGUUGGUGAUGGAAUAAAUGAUGCACCAGCAUUAGCACAAGCUGAUUUAGGUAUUGCUAUUGCUAAAGGUACCGAUAUUACAAUGGAAUCGGCUGAUGUUGUUCUUACAAAGGAUGAUCUAUUAGAUAUUGUUUCCUGUAUUGAUUUAUCAACAAAAACAAUGCAACGAAUACGUAUAAAUUUUUUAUUGGCAUUUAUCUAUAAUGUUGUAUUCAUACCGAUUGCUGCUGGUAUAUUUAUAAAAAUUGGUUUAAUUUUACAACCAUGGAUGAGUGGUGCAUGUAUGGCAUUUAGUUCAAUAUCCGUAAGCUGUUCAUCAUUAUUAUUACGACGUUAUCGUAAACCAUUAAGACGACAACUUGAAACAGAUGAUUAUCAUCGUUAUAGAUCACGUUUAAAAUUACAAAAUCAUGGUGUUACAUUUGCAAUACAAUCAUCAUCAUCAUCAUCAUCAUCAACAACAUCAUUAAUAUUGGAUAUGGAUAAUUUAUCCAUACAUAAUUCACAUAAUUUAAUGGAAUUAGGUGUAAACAAAAUUGAACAUCUUUAUCGACCAAAAUCAAUGCAAACAAAUCUAUCCAGACAAAUAAGUAAUGAUUCAAGUGGAACAAGUGAUAGUUCUUUUGAUGAUAAUCAUCAUGAAAGUGUACGUCUUUUAAAAUUAGCUAAUUCCAACAACAACAGUAAUAAUGUUCAAAUUAUAUCAACACAAGCCGCUAAUAAUACUAAUAAUCGAUCGGAUACAAUAGCAACCUAUAUAAACGAUUCGGAUUCGAUUGUUUGAUGAAGAAUUUUAAUCUAAAUUGAAAAUCAUUUUAAAAUUUAAAUUUUAUCCUUUAUAUAAAAUGUGUUUU